AUGAUAACUAAUUUUGAUACCUUCUGUGGUGAAUUAGAAAAACAAGAAUUAGAGGCACCAAAUGGAGUAGCUGCACCAUCUACUUAUGCUCAACUAUUAGCAAUAUACUUAUACCAAAACGACUUAUGCAAUGCAAAAUUUUUAUGGAAAAGAAUACCACAAAGCAUUAUAAGCAGUAAUCCAGAAAUAAUGGCAAUUUGGGCGAUAGGUCAAAAACUAUGGAAAAAAGAUCUUGCUGGCACUUAUGAAGCACUUGCAGCCUAUAAUUGGACAGAACCAAUCGCUAGUAUAAUUAGAGCACUAGAAGAAAGAGUUCGAGAAAGGGCUUUCAGUUUAAUUGGACAAUCAUACAGUACUAUAUCUCUUGAAACUGUAAUGUCUAUGACUGGUCUUAGUAAUGAAGCAGUAAUACAAAUCUGUAGAGAUCGCAAGUGGGAGAUAUCUGAAGAUGGAGCUACUGUAAAACCAGUUCCACCAGUACAACCUGCGCCACUGCAUACUUCAAGUGAAGAUCAACUGUUUAAAUUAACAGACUUUGUGUCUUUCUUGGAAAAU